CGACAGAGGGAGGGGUGGGGAGCACCAUGCAGUUUGUAUCUUGGGCCACACUGCUAACGCUCCUGGUGCGAGACCUGGCUGAGAUGCGAAGCCCAGACGCCGCGGCGGCCGUGCGUAAGGACAGGCUGCAUCCGAGGCAAGUGAAAUUAUUAGAGACCCUGAGCGAAUAUGAAAUCGCAUCUCCCAUCCGAGUGAAUGCUCUCGGAGAACCCUUUCCCACGAACGUGCACUUCAAAAGGCGGCGACGGAGCAUUAACUCUGCCUCUGACCCCUGGCCUGCCUUCGCCUCCUCCUCUUCCUCCUCUACCUCCUCCGAGGCGCAUUACCGCCUCUCCGCCUUCGGCCAGCAGUUUCUAUUUAAUCUCACCGCCCAUGCCGGAUUUAUCGCUCCACUAUUUACUGUCACCCUCUUCGGGGCGCCCGGGGUGAAUCAGACCAAGUUUUAUUCCGAAGAGGAAACAGAACUCAAGCACUGUUUCUACAAAGGCCAUGUCAAUACCAAGUCCGAGCACACGGCAGUCAUCAGCCUCUGCUCCGGAAUGCUGGGCACAUUCCGGUCCCAUGAUGGGGAUUAUUUUAUUGAACCACUACUCUCCAUUGAUGAACAAGAGGAUGAAGAAGAACAAAACAAGCCCCAUAUUAUUUAUAGGCAUAGCAACCCUCAGAGAGCGCCCUCAACAGGAAGGAAUGCAUGUGACACCACAGAGCAUAACAGUCGCAAGAGUAAAGACAAGAGGACAACCAGAAGGAGAAAAUGGGGAGGACGCAGUCACCUGGCAGAUGACGUGGCAAGCUUAAAAAGCAGCUUAGCAGCAAAGGCUUUGGCUGGCUAUGGUAACAAGACAGACGACACAAGAGAAAAGAGGACCCACAGAAGGACAAAACGUUUCUUAUCCUAUCCACGGUUUGUCGAAGUGAUGGUGGUGGCAGACAAUAAAAUGGUUGCAUACCAUGGAGCAAACCUUCAACACUAUAUUUUAACUUUAAUGUCAAUUGUAGCUUCUAUCUAUAAAGACCCAAGUAUUGGAAAUUUAAUUAAUAUUGUUAUUGUGAACUUAGUUGUGAUUCAUAAUGAACAGGAAGGACCGUCUAUAUCUUUUAACGCCCAAGCAACAUUAAAAAACUUUUGCCAGUGGCAGCAUUCCAAGAACUAUCCCGGUGGAAUCCAGCAUGACACUGCUGUUCUUGUAACAAGACAGGAUAUCUGCCGAGCUCAGGACAAAUGCGAUACCUUAGGUCUUGCUGAACUGGGAACCAUCUGUGAUCCCUAUAGAAGCUGUUCUAUAAGUGAAGACAGUGGACUGAGUACGGCUUUUACAAUAGCCCACGAACUGGGCCAUGUGUUUAACAUGCCGCACGAUGACAACAAUAAAUGCAAAGAAGAAGGAGUUAAGAGUCCCCAGCAUGUCAUGGCUCCAACGCUGAACUUCUACACCAAUCCCUGGAUGUGGUCAAAAUGCAGUCGAAAAUAUAUCACUGAGUUUUUAGACACUGGUUAUGGCGAAUGUUUGCUUAAUGAACCUGAAUCCAGACCCUACCCUUUGCCCCCACAACUGCCGGGCCUUCUUUACAGUGUGAACAAACAAUGUGAAUUGAUUUUUGGACCAGGUUCUCAGGUGUGCCCAUAUAUGAUGCAAUGUAGAAGACUCUGGUGCAAUAACGUGGAUGGAUCGCACAAAGGCUGCCGCACUCAACACACGCCCUGGGCUGACGGAACAGAGUGUGAGCCCGGAAAGCACUGCAAGUUUGGAUUUUGUGUUCCCAAAGAAAUGGAGGUCCCUGCGACUGAUGGAUCCUGGGGAAGUUGGAGUCACUUUGGAACAUGCUCAAGAACGUGUGGAGGGGGCAUCAAAACGGCAAUUCGAGAGUGCAACAGACCCGAGCCAAAUAACGGUGGGAAAUAUUGUGUAGGACGCAGAAUGAAAUUCAAGUCCUGCAACACAGAGCCAUGUCUCAAGCAGAAGCGUGACUUCCGAGACGAACAGUGUGCUCACUUUGACGGGAAGCAUUUUAACAUCAAUGGGCUGCUUCCCACAGUGCGCUGGGUGCCCAAGUACAGUGGAAUUUUGAUGAAGGAUCGGUGCAAGUUGUUCUGCAGGGUGGCUGGGAGCACCGCCUACUACCAGCUCCGAGACAGAGUGGUUGAUGGAACGCCUUGUGGCCAGGACACGAAUGAUAUCUGUGUCCAAGGCUUGUGUCGGCAAGCUGGAUGUGAUCAUGUUUUAAACUCAAAAGCCCGAAGAGAUAAAUGUGGGGUUUGUGGUGGCGAUAAUUCUUCGUGUAAAACAGUAGCAGGAACAUUUAAUACAGUGCAUUAUGGUUACAACACUGUCGUCCGAAUUCCAGCUGGUGCUACAAGUAUCGAUGUGCGGCAGCACAGUUUCUCAGGGAAAUCAGAGGAUGACAACUACUUAGCUUUAUCAAGCAGUAAAGGAGAAUUCUUGCUAAAUGGAGACUUCGUUGUCACCAUGUCCAAGAGGGAAAUCCGCAUUGGGAAUGCUGUCAUAGAAUACAGCGGAUCCGACAAUGUAGUGGAAAGAAUCAACUCCACAGAUCGCAUUGAACAAGAACUUUUGCUUCAGGUGCUGUCCGUGGGAAAGCUAUAUAACCCCGACGUGCGCUACACUUUCAAUAUUCCUAUUGAAGACAAACCUCAGCAGUUUUACUGGAACAGCCAUGGGCCCUGGCAAGCUUGCAGUAAGCCCUGCCAAGGGGAGCGGGAAAGAAAAGUUGUUUGCACCAGGGAAUCAGAUCAGCUCAUAGUUUCUGAUCAAAGAUGUGAUCAGCUCCCCCGGCCAGGGCCCAUUACUGAGCCCUGUGGAACAGAUUGUGAACUGAGGUGGCAUGUGGCCAGCAGGAGCGAAUGUAGUGCCCAGUGUGGCUUGGGGUACCGCACAGUAGACAUCUACUGCGCCAAAUAUAGUAGGCUUGAUGGCAAGACCGAGAAGGUUGAUGACAGCUUCUGCAGCAGUUACCCCAAACCAAGCAACCGUGAGAAAUGCUCAGGAGAAUGUAACACAGGCGGCUGGCGGUAUUCUGCGUGGACUGAAUGUUCUAAAAGUUGUGAUGGUGGAACCCAGAGGAGAAGGGCUGUCUGUGUCAACAGUCGAAAUGACGUACUGGAUGACAGCAAGUGCAUUCAUCAGGAGAAAGUCACCAUUCAGAGGUGCAAUGAAGUGCUUUGUCCACAGUGGAAACUGGGAGACUGGUCAGAGUGCUUGGUCACCUGCGGAAAAGGGCACAAGCACCGCCAGGUCUGGUGUCAGUUUGGCGAGGAUCGAUUUAACGAUAGGAUCUGUGACCCUGAGAAUAAGCCGGCCUCCAUGCAGCCCUGUCAGCAGCCGGAAUGUGCGUCCUGGCAGGCGGGUCCCUGGGGACAGUGCAGUGUCACCUGUGGACAGGGAUACCAGCUAAGAGUUGUGACAUGUACCAUUGGGACUUACAUGUCAAUGGUAAAUGACAAUGCCUGUAAUGCGGCAACUAGACCUACUGACACCCAGGACUGUGAAUUACCAUCUUGUCAUCCACCCCCAGCUGCCCCGGAAGCAGGGAGAAACAUACACAGUGUACCAAGAACCCAGUGGCGAUUUGGGUCUUGGACUCCAUGCUCAGCCACUUGUGGAAAAGGGACCCGGAUGAGAUAUGUGAGCUGCCGGGAUGAGGAUGGCUCUGUGGCUGAUGAAAGUACCUGUGUAGCCCAGCAUAGACCAUUGUCAAAGGAGGAAUGUUCCGUGACUCCCUGUGGGCAAUGGAAGGCUUUGGACUGGAGCUCUUGCUCCGUGACUUGUGGGCAAGGUAGAGCGACCCGGCAGGUGGUGUGUGUCAACCACAGUGACCACGUGAUCAAUCAGAGCGAGUGUGACCUGGAUUACAUCCCAGAAACUGACCAGGACUGUUCCAUGGCUCCGUGCCCUCAGCGCACCCCAAACAGUGGACUAGCUCAGCACCCUUUCCAAAAUGAGGAUUAUCGACCCAGGAGUUUUAGCCCCAGCCGCACUCAUGUGUUAGGUGGGAACCAGUGGAGAACUGGCCCGUGGGGAGCAUGUUCCAGUACCUGUGCUGGUGGGUCCCAGAGGCGUGUGGUCGUGUGUCAGGAUGAAAAUGGAUACACUGCAAAUGACUGCGUGGAAAGAAUCAAACCCGAUGAGCAAAGAGCCUGUGAAUCCGGCCCGUGUCCUCAAUGGGCUUAUGGCAACUGGGGAGAGUGUUCUAAGCUUUGUGGUGGAGGAAUACAAACAAGACUGGUAGUCUGUCAGCGGCCUUCUGGUGAACGAUUUCCAGACUUAAGCUGUGAAAUUCUGGACAAACCUCCAGAUCGUGAGCAGUGUAACACUCAUACUUGUCCUCAAGAUGCUGCCUGGAGUACUGGCCCUUGGAGUUCGUGCUCUGUCUCUUGUGGUCGAGGGCAUAAACAACGAAAUGUUUACUGCAUGGCAAAAGACGGAACCCAUUUAGAAAGUGAUUACUGUAAACACCUUGCUAAGCCAAAUGGGCACAGAAAGUGCCGAGGAGGACGAUGCCCCAAAUGGAAGGCUGGAGCCUGGAGUCAGUGCUCCGUGUCCUGUGGCCAAGGCGUGCAGCAGAGGAAUGUGGGCUGUCAGAUUGGAACUCACAAAGUAACCAGAGAGACUGAGUGCAACCCAUAUACCAGACCGGAGUCGGAGCGUGCCUGCCAAGCCCCGUCCUGUCCUCUCUACGUGUGGAGGGUAGAGGAGUGGCAAGAAUGCUCCAAGACUUGUGGGGAUGGCUCCAGGUACCGCAAGGUGGUGUGUGUGGAUGAGGACAAAGCCGAGGUUCAUGGUGUGCACUGUGACAUGACCCAGCGACCUGCCGACCGUGAAAGCUGUAGUUUGCAGCCCUGCGAAUAUGUCUGGAUCACCGGAGAAUGGUCGGAGUGCUCAGUGACCUGCGGAAAGGGCUACAAACAAAGGCUUGUCUCAUGCAGCGAGAUUUACACCGGGAAGGAAAAUUACGAGUACAGCUACCAAGCCACCGUCAACUGCCCGGGCACACAGCCUCCCAGCGUCCACCCAUGCUACCUGAGGGAGUGUCCAGUCUCGGCCACCUGGAGGGUUGGCAACUGGGGCAGUUGUUCAGCAUCUUGUGGCGUUGGAGUGAUGCAUAGAUCUGUACAGUGUUUAACCAAUGAAGACCAGCCCAGCCACCUGUGCCCCAGUGAUCUGAAGCCAGAAGAAAGAAAAACCUGCCACAAUGUCUACAACUGCGAGUUACCCCAGAACUGCAAGGAGGUUAAAAGGCUCAAAGGUGCCAAUGAAGAUGGUGAAUAUUUCCUGCUUAUUAGAGGAAAAUUCCUAAAGGUCUUCUGUGCAGGGAUGCAUUCUGACCGCCCCAAAGAGUAUGUGACACUGGUCCAUGGUGACUCUGAGAACUUCUCUGAGGUUUACGGACACAGAUUGCACAACCCAACAGAAUGCCCCUACAAUGGGACUCGACGAGACGACUGUCAAUGUCGGCAGGAUUAUACGGCAGCUGGGCUUUCCACCUUCCAGAAGAUCAGAGUAGACCUGGUCACCAUGCAGAUAAUCACCACUGACUUGCAGUUUGCCAGGACCAGUGAAGGACAUCCAGUCCCUUUCGCCACCGCUGGGGACUGCUACAGUGCUGUCAAGUGUCCACAGGGUCGUUUCAGUAUUAACCUUUAUGGAACCGGCCUGUCUUUAACAGAAUCUGCCCGAUGGAUAUCACAAGGGAAUUAUGCUGUCUCUGACAUUAAGAAGUCACCGGAUGGUACCCGGGUAGUAGGGAAAUGCGGUGGUUACUGUGGAAAAUGCACUCCAUCCUCCGGCACUGGCCUGGAGGUGCGAGUUUUAUAGCUUAAGGUGCUCUGAAGAGGAAGCCAUUAUGGGAUGGAUGAAGGAUAGUAAUGCAAUACCUCCACCUUAAAUUUGGGUGCAUGUGUGUGUGUGUGAGGACUUGUACGUGUGUGUGUAUGUGUGUGUGUGCACACGCACACACGUUCCUGUGUAAAUAUGCAUAUAGAUACA